CGUUCUCGUACGCCGCGGAGGGAUACUCUUUUGGAACCGACAAUGUGGAGGCUGUUAAAAUGUCUACUCGGAAGAUGAAAUGGUUACAAUUGUAGCAACUAAAAUUAUCGCAUGAUAUAUCACAAGAGUUAUGAAUCUAUUUGCAAUCAUUGUUUCAUUUUCGUGACGUGGACUGUAUAACGAACCAAGGGUUUGGUAGAACACACGAUAUCGUCGUUCGGUCUUCGUCUACAGUCCGGAGUACGGAGAGGGAAUCUAUCCCCAACUUUAUGUUUUUCUCUCUACUCCAAGCGUUCAUUUUUUCCCGUUGGAUGCCACAUAAUUGAAUAGAGGUUACUGAAAGUCAAUUGCUGAGACUGUGAGGGCCUAAGGAACAGCAGCAGAGAAUGGCUACAGUGGGGACAGACAAGGAGCUCAGUGACCUGCUGGAUUUCAGCGCGAUGUUUGCACCGCCGGUGUUGAAUGGGAAGAACAGGCCCACCACUCUAGCCAGCAGCCAGUUCGGAGGCACUGGUAUGGAUGAGCGAAGCGGUUCUACCCCCUGGGCAUCUGGAGAACAGAACAGCCCUUCCUUCAACCAGGGACGGGGUUAUGGUGAAGGAACUCAUUACAAUGAGCAUGAAUGCCUGGCUUCCACCCCUAUGUUCGGCUCAGGAAUUGUGGGCAAAGCUGAGCGAGGACCCUACUCUUCUUUUGGAGCACAGCCGGGCUUUAUGCCCAGUGAGAUGCCCAUGCCCAGUCCUGAUGCCCUGUCCCCCUCGGGUCUGAAGUCUGGCUCCCAGUUCUACCCCUCCCAGUUCAAUCCUCGCAGGAGAUCCACCCAGGAGAGCAUGGAUGGCCAGCCAAAAAAGAUCAGGAAAGUUCCCCCUGGCCUGCCCUCUUCAGUGUAUGCGUCGGCCUCAGGAGAGGACUAUAACAGAGACGGUGCAGGGUAUCCUGCCUCCAAGCCUGGGAACGUGGGCUACCCCGGCUCCUUCUAUAUGCAAGAAGGUCUGCACCCCUCCCCUGACCCGUGGAGUUCUGCCGGGCCGAUGGGGCAGCCGGGCUACUCUGCUGUGCUGGGUAACUCCCCUCACCUGGGCCAGCCCGCCCCCUUCACCGCCAUCAACCCCCAGGACAGACUGAAGCGCCAGCCGUUGCCACUCUCGCCCCAGAACUACCCCCUGCACGGCAGCGAGGUGAACGGGAGCUUUCACCCUGGGUCCACUGGCUACGGAGUCCCCAACCACACACCCCCCAUCAACGGAACAGACAGCAUCAUGGCCAACCGGGGAACAGCUCCACCUAGCUCAGGAGAUGAGAUCGGCAAAGCCCUGGCAUCAAUUUAUCCUUCGGACCACAACAGCAACACCUUCCCUUCAUCUCCAUCUACUCCAGUGGGCUCUCCCCAGGCCAUAGCAGGUUCUGCCUCUCAGUGGUCCCGGGGCUCGGGACAGGCCACACCCUCUCCAAACUUUGAGGGAGGACUGCAGGCUCUGCAAAACAAAAUGGAGGACCGUCUGGAGGAGGCAAUCCACGUUCUGCAGCGCCACGCCGGGGGACAGGGGGGCCCAGGGGGGCUGACUGACAUGCACAGCCUCCUCAGCGCUGGGAUAGGAGGUCUUGCCCAGGCCUUCAACAACGCUGGCCUGGGACUGGCCAGACUGCCCAACCUGAUGUCCAACCACCAUGAGGACUCUGCUGGUCCGCCCUCUAGUGGUCCUGGUCUGCAUGGUCACCAUGGCCCUCCCUCAGCCCAGCCUGGCAGCCAGCCUGAGGGCUUCACCAGCCUCUCCCGCUCCACACACUCGUCCAGUGGCGCCGACAUCAAAAGGGAGGACAAGGAGGAUGACGAGAACUCCUCCGUGGCUGACAAGUCAGAGGACGAGAAGAAAGACUCGAAGUCCCGCCCCCGAACAAGAGAGACGUUCUCCUUCCAGACCUUCUCUUCCUCCCUAUCAGACACGGGAGCAGAUCACGAUGAUGAGGACGAGGAUGACGAGGAUCUGCCGCCGGAGUUGAAGAAAGAGCGGGAGAAAGAGCGGCGGGUGGCAAAUAAUGCCCGUGAGCGUCUGCGCGUGCGGGACAUCAACGAAGCCUUUAAGGAGCUGGGGCGCAUGUGUCAGCUUCACCUGACUAAUGAGAAACCCCAGACCAAACUGCUCAUUCUGCACCAGGCCGUUAAUGUUAUACUCAACCUGGAGCAGCAAGUCCGAGAGCGUAACCUGAACCCCAAGGCAGCGUGUCUGAAGCGGAGGGAAGAAGAGAAGGUUUCGGGGGUGGACCCCCAGAUGCAGAUGGGAGGGGGGCACCCCGGGUUAGGCGGCGAUGGACACAACUCUGUGAACCAUAUGUAACACCCAGAUCCUGUUGAUUGUACAGCUCUUAGAAGACGUGGCCUUAUUGUCUUAUUAUGCAUCUCAGUGGGCGUCAAUCCACAAAGGUGCGCUCUCGAUAUAGCACAUAUAGUGGAGAAGCGCAUACACACACACACACACACACACAACUGACAAAGCCAGUGGCCACAUUCCUGACCAUGAACACCCCUAUACACCAGAGUUUUGAAGAAUAUUUACAGUUAACACACCCUGAACUCCAAGGAGAGACUGGGCCACAGAAAGAGGAAAUUUAAACUCAAUGAUUUUCUGCCUAAUGGUCAUGUUUUUGUAAGACAUUUUGAGAAGUUGCUUUACAUGUUGGGAGCAAAAUUUGUUUGGAUCAAAUAGUAUUUUUGGAUCAAUUGCUCAUGUGAGCAACAGGAUUUUGUGUCCUUUGGGUAGUCAUCUGCCAUUCCCACCUGAAAAGAAGGUCAUAGUUUCAUUACAAGCAAAGGUGACACCAGAAUCUAACCUGUGAGUAACUAUGUGCCUGAUAUGCAUGCAUAACGCCAAGGCUUGGGAGAGUUAGAAUUGUCGUCAUCCCCACCAUUUUUUUCCUCAAAUGGCUGAAACACAGUACAGUUUGAGGUAUCCAGCCACCCCACCAGAAUGUAAAAGACUGGACAGUCAUAGUGAUGAAGGGACACUUAUUGAAUCGGCAGGCACAGUGCUGUUAUAUAGCACAAUGAUUAAAAAAAGUUUCUGCCCUCUCGUAAGGGCUGACAGGCCUGUCUGAAGGAUUUGUAUGGUGGGUAUUUAUUUGAUCCAGGAAUCCUACAAACCUUCCGUUUUUGUCCUCUUCAUCUGUUUGUUGCUACUGCCAUGGGUGGAGUGGAAGCACUCCCAGUGAGGAAGGUGUCCCCACCCACCAACACAUACAGAGACCCAGGACAGGUCAUGACUCGCUACUAGCUGAGAACCACUUCCGGUUCACCUACUUUUCAACAGGAUCACACAGUCAUCUCAAGACUUCCUCACUCUGACUUGGGGAGAUUGGACUGAAACAUGCAGGAAGUGUGUGUGUGCUCUGAACCAGAGCAAGCCUCUCCCCCUCCACUGCCACUCCCUUACCCUUCUUUACCCCUCCUGUUCUGCCUCCAUUUCAGCCAGGCCAUGUGGAUGCAUGGUCAGUACCCUCUGCCCCAAACUGAGUCAACCACCUGCCUUCAUUUCUUUCUCUUCACGUUUGUGGAGCAAGUGUCAUCAGUUGGCAAGGCAAACCUACAUGGCCAUGUCAUGCGUACUUAAAGAUUUGAUGUACGACGUAAGGAAAUGUCUGUUUUUUAAGUAGACUACAGUUAUUUUGACGAGUAUGGAAGGAAUAAUGGUUGGACUUCAAGAGGGUUGGUUUUUGUGGAGUGGGUCCUGAAAUAUCAUAGCGACCUUCCCUUGAAUGCGUUCAACUGCCAUCUAUGGACAACAAUUUUUGUUCCUUAAAUUACAGGAAGCAUUGGGCGUUUUGAACAAUUUAUAAAGUCUGUAAGGAUCCUCCUUUUUGUAGAAGUGAUGUGUUAUUUUUUUUAUUUUGUAAUAUAGCUGUAUGAGUUUUCUUUUGGAUUGCAUUUAUUUUUGUUUACCUUGUUUAAAUGUAAGAACUCU